GGGAGUAGUAAUAGAGCCCGAUGGACAGCCAUGGCAGGCUUGCGUAGCUAGCUUUGCGACAGUUUGUGUUGGUCUCGUGUCUUUGCUGAGAGAGGCACAGCCAAGAAGUUCACUUGGCAUCCUUGCAGGUCCUUGGUCCCUCCUGCUGACUCAUGCCGAUUCAGGGGAGACCUGGCUUUCUCUGCUAGGUCUUGCCACUACUGCCGAUUUGUGUCUGCUAUCCCGAUACGACGGAACUGGCCUGCUGGUAUAUCCUUGAAGGGUUUGCAAAUGGACUGAGCUGCUGCCGCUGCUGACUCCUGUGAACUGAACUGCAGAUUUCCUGACAACGCAGGUAGAGGAAUCGCAUCCCAAUAUGAAGACUGUCAUUCUCCUUGUGUUCCUUUGGGGGCUGUCCUGUGCUCUCCCAGUUGCCAGAUACCACAAUACUGAAUCUGAAAGCUCUGAAGAGAGGACGGGUGAUUUGGCUGGGUCACCACCACCACCCACGAACAGUGAGUCAUCAGAAGAAAGUCAAGCUAGCCCAGAGGGACAGGCAAAUAGUGACCACACGGACAGCAGUGAAUCUGGAGAGGAGCUGGGCUACGACAGAGGCCAGUACAGACCGGCUGGUGGACUCUCUAAGAGUACGGGGACCGGCGCCGAUAAGGAGGAUGAUGAAGACGACAGUGGAGAUGAUACCUUUGGCGAUGAGGACAAUGAUCUAGGGCCCGAAGAAGGACAGUGGGGAGGACCCUCCAAACUGGACAGUGAUGAGGACUCCACAGACACCACACAGUCCAGUGAAGACAGCACCUCUCAAGAAAACAGUGCCCAAGAUACCCCCAGCGACAGCAAAGACCACGACAGUGAGGAUGAGGCAGACAGCCGGCCUGAGGCAGGCGACUCCACUCAGGACAGUGAGAGUGAGGAACAGCGGGUGGGAGGUGGCAGCGAGGGGGAGAGUAGCCACGGGGACGGUUCUGAGUUCGAUGAUGAAGGGAUGCAGAGCGACGACCCCGAGAGUACCAGGAGCGAUCGAGGCCACGCCAGAAUGAGCAGCGCUGGUAUCAGGUCGGAAGAAUCUAAAGGGGACCACGAGCCCACGAGCACUCAGGAUUCAGAUGACAGCCAGUCUGUGGAAUUUUCAAGCAGGAAGUCCUUCAGAAGGUCCCACGUCUCUGAGGAAGACUACAGAGGUGAGCUUACUGACAGCAACAGCAGGGAAACCCAGAGCGACUCCACGGAGGAUACGGCCUCCAAGGAGGAAAGCAGGAGCGAGUCUCAGGAGGACACAGCCGAGAGCCAGUCCCAGGAAGAUAGCCCAGAGGGGCAAGACCCCAGCAGUGAGUCCAGCGAAGAGGCUGGUGAGCCAUCCCAGGAAAGCAGCAGCGAAUCUCAGGAAGGGGUGACCAGCGAGUCCAGGGGUGACAACCCAGAUAACACAAGUCAGGCAGGAGACCAAGAAGACAGUGAGUCCAGUGAGGAGGACAGCCUGAACACAUUCUCCAGCUCAGAAAGCCAGUCCACCGAGGAGCAAGCUGACAGCGAGUCCAACGAGAGCCUCAGCCUCUCCGAGGAGAGUCAGGAGUCGGCCCAGGAUGGUGACAGCUCCAGCCAGGAAGGCCUGCAGUCCCAGAGCGCAUCCACUGAGAGCAGGAGCCAGGAGAGCCAGUCUGAGCAGGACAGCCGUUCUGAGGAAGACAGUGACUCUCAGGACAGUAGCCGAUCCAAAGAAGAGAGCAACUCCACAGGGAGCGCUUCCAGCAGCGAGGAGGACAUCCGUCCCAAGAACAUGGAAGCUGACAGUAGGAAACUAAUAGUUGAUGCUUACCACAACAAACCCAUCGGGGACCAAGAUGACAAUGACUGUCAGGACGGCUACUAGCAUUAGCUUGUCUAAGAAAUGGCUCUCACAGGACGGAGUCUUGGGGGCUCCAGAGUAGAGAGUUCACUAUAACUAUAAUUUAUUAAUGUUUUGGUCAGAAGGAGAACCAGGGGCAGGUUUUUUUGUUUUGUUUUGUUUUUGUUUGUUUGUUUGUUUUCCCCCUGUGAGGAACUGUUGGACACGACACUGUUUUCCAGGGUGUCUCCCACUCCUUAGAGGCUUAAGUACGUGGGAUGAUGUCAGAGCACACAUGGUGAGAGAAGAACACAGGGAUCACGUGCACAGCCGCUUCACAGAUGCUCUGGUUCACCAACCUGACAGUGACUGAGGUUCUGGUACACACCAGGCACAGCCCUGGGCGGGGGAGGGGGUGGUGGUGCUUCAGGCUCAGUUUUGCUCCGGAGGAGCUUGUUCCAAGGAGACUCUCAAAAGUAACACAUUAAAGGAUACAAAGAAGGAGCCCCUGGAGCUGGGCUACAUUGCUUUGGCUCCUGGAGGGUGAGAACUUACUGCAGCAAGCCCCUGCCGCAGCUGAGGCGAGUACCACAGGGAAUGGGAGCAGGACAGGAAGUGACCAGUUUUGCUUUGGAGAAUCAGAGGUUCCACAGUAGCAAAGCCUGGAGCUGGAGGGUUACAUAGGAUUUCUCCAUUGAAGACAAUAUAACUCUAUUUAUUCUUGAGAUAAGCAGUAUCAAAUCGUAUGCAAUUAAAUAUUUAGUACGUAAAGGCAUUCUCAAAUGAUAACCCAAUGGGAUAUCUUGGAUAACAUAUUUUUCCCAACGAAUUUACCUUAUUGAGUGCUUUUGUGGGCCUUCUGUAAACAUGGCCUCAAUGAUGAGGAGGAGGAAGAAAAUUUGGUGUGGAGAUGGGAGAAAAACAUAAUUAAAAGAAGAUUUAUAGCUUAAUUUUUUUCCAGAUUAUUUAUGUGCAGUGUAAAUACUAUCCCUGAGUCCUUUCUAUGUGUUGCACAUAGAAAAAAUUCUGCACAUAGGGCUCAAGUAUUUUGUUGUUGUUUCUUUAUCUUUUCUUGUUUUUUUGUUUUUUGUUUUUUUGGGGUUUUUUUUGGGUCAAGUGCCAUUGAAGCAUUACCUCAUGAAAAAUAUUUGUUUUGUAAUAAAGAUAAUAAUUCCC